AUGUCACCUCCUGGGCUUUUAGCGGAGCAGUCUCGAGAAGAUGAGAUACAGCUAGAAGAGUACCCAGCAGAAGAAGUCAGGAGAACGAAGAAAGAAAAUGAAGUAGAAAGUCAUGAUGACGCUUCAAUAUCUGACGAAGAUGAAGCUGAGCAGGACAGAUUACUUUCUCCCCAUGACCAGGAAGGGGAUGAGGAACAGUUUACCGGCAUAGGUCUUUCAGCUGAAUCAGCCCAUGAUAGCUACGCGAAGGAUCCAUUUAAGCCGUUCAGCACAGGAAACCCUCCAAACGGCGAGAAGGAGAGAAUACUUACCUUUCGAGCACUGCUCGUGGGAGUUCUAUGUGGAGCACUGGUGAACGCCUCGAAUAUAUACCUAGGCCUCAGAGCUGGAUGGACGGCAUCAGCAAAUAUCUUCGGAUCAAUUAUCGGAUUCGCAGUUCUCAGGUCAUGGUCAUCCCAUUUUGGCCCGUUGUCUCUACUUGGCGGUUACUUCGGGCCACAGGAGAAUAACAUUGUUCAGACCGCUGCUACUGCUGCUGGCGGAAUGGCGAGUGUUUUUGUCUCUGCCUUUCCAGCAAUGUAUCAGUUGAACCUGCUCGAUACUCCCUGGAGAGAUUUCCUACGCAUGACCACCCUUACCGCUGCGGGAGGAUAUUUUGGGUUGUUUUUCGCGACUCCAUUACGCAAGUUUUUUAUAUUUCAAGUUGCAAGGGAGCUCAACCUUGUGUUUCCGUCUUCUUCUGCAACGGCAAUUACAAUUUCAAGUAUGCAUCUUGCUGCUGGGGGAUCUCAGUUAGCCCGUCGAAAGAUGGUGGCUUUGGGCUUUGCGUUUGCCUUUGCGCUGGUGCUUAGGGUUAUAUCUCAAUAUGCUCCUGGAGUUUUAUGGGAUUGGCAUAUUUUCACUUGGUUAGCGCUUUCGGAAUGGACUCCGGCGUUUGUAGGGACGGGUAUGCUAGUUGGCAUGAACAUUGCCUUAUCUUUUGUUUUCGGGUCGGUGUUAGCAUGGGGUAUUGUCGGGCCACUUAUUACGAGCCAUGGCCUUGCCUUUGGGGAACCAGCAUCAAAAGAUAGUAAAUGGGAUGGAUUGAUGUCCUAUAUCUCUUUUUCAAAAGAGUUCGCCAAUGCAACGCAUCCGAGUCCUAGGUACUGGCUUCUAUGGCCAGGUGUUGCCUGUAUGAUAGCUGUUGGGUUUACAGAACUUGCAUGUCAGUGGAAGGUAUUCUGGCUUACAGGGCUAGAAAUAUAUAAAGAAAUCCAGAGAAUAACAUCUCGGCUACAAUCUAAAGAACAUAAAUAUGCAAACCUGUCUGAAGAAGCCGAAGGGUCAAAGGCAAACAGAACCACAGCCGGUGAAAUUAAGCAGUGGAUGUGGCUUCCAGGCCUUAUUGCUGUGCUCAUCUUGACGUGCGUGGUUAGCAAAUUACAGUACGGGAUCCCAGUACCUGCAUCACUGCUGUCACUUUUCCUUGCCUUUAUAUUCUCAUUCAUUGCCGUUCAGGCAACUGGUGCAACAGAUAUAACUCCCCUGACUGCAAUUUCGAAGGCAUCUCAAUUAGUAUUAGGUGCUACCACUCGUGGCCCGGGGUGGUCACUAGAAAGAUCCCAACAAGUCAACUUACUUGGUGGAGCGCUCUCCAGCAUUGGUGCUAAUCAAGCAUGCGAUCUCACGGGUGAUUUUCGAGUUGGAUUUCUUCUCAGCACUCCGCCGCGCACCCAAUACGCUGCUCAAGCAAUCGGAACAUUCUUUGCAGUCUUUCUUGCACCGGCUGUCUUCUCUGUAUUUGCCAGUGCAUAUCCUUGCAUCCUGUCUACGGACGAUGAAUUCCAUAGCAGUGGAAAUACAACGGCUCCUUGCCCCUUUGCAGCCCCUGCGGCAUCAGCCUGGCGUGCGGCGGCUGUGGCCGUGACAGACCCAGAUUUCCCGGUUCCCAGAUCCAGCGUGCAGUUCUCUAUUGCCAUGUCUAUCAUAGGUUCUAUUCUGGUGCUUGUUCGCCAUAAUCUAUGGACAGGCAAAUGGCUGUGGAUGCGCGACUACCAUCCAAACAUGAUGACUGUGGCUAUGGCUUUUCUUAUCCCUACCACGCAGUACGGUACAGCUAUGCUUACAGGCACUAUAAUUGCUAUGAUUUGGAAGAGGAGGAAUAAUGCUUCAUUUGACGCAUAUGGCUAUGCUGUCGCAGCAGGGUUUAUGGCAGGUGAAGGUAUCGGAGGCGUGGUUAAUGCUGCGUUGACUAUAAUAGGGAUAGAUGGAGAUAGAUUUGGGACAGGCAUCGGAUGCCCAGGGGGGAAGUGUUGA